AUGGGAGAGUUAGGAGAAGAGAUUGUCGUGGAAGAAGAGAUUGUUGUGGAAGAAGAGAAGGUAAAGGACAUUAGCCUCAAGGACCUCUCCAAGGAACUAGAUGAAUUUGCCAAGGCCAGAGAUUGGGAGAAGUACCACAGUCCCAGAAAUCUACUCCUUGCUAUGGUGGGAGAGGUAGGAGAGCUGUCAGAAAUAUUCCAAUGGAGAGGAGAGGUAGACAAAGGGUUGCCAAAUUGGGAGGAAUCAGAUAAAGAGCAUCUGGGAGAAGAGCUCUCUGAUGUGCUCCUUUACCUCAUCAGGUUGGCCGACGUCUGUGGCAUUGAUCUUGCUGAUGCUGCCACCAAAAAGAUUGUCAAGAAUGCCAUCAAAUACCCACCACCAAAUUAA